AUGGGUCGGGAACUCCAAAAGCGCAAGCGGCGCUCCUCUCGCCCCGCCAUUCGACAACCUUCAUCGUCGAUGAAAACGAAGCGCUUGUUGAACCCGCGAGGAAAUGAUCUUGUGGCUAAGAACUGGAACAAAACCGAAACUACAUCACAAAACUAUCGCCGUCUGGGCCUCGUAGCCCGCCUGAAAGCCCCGACCGGUGGUAUAGAGCCUACAGCAGCUUCGCGACAACAGAAGAGCCGACCGACAAAACCUGCCGACCCAUUCGCUAUCGCCCAACCCACAGGUGCCGUAUUUAGCGAAGCACGUGUCGAGCGGGACGAGAAUGGACGUAUUAUUCGUGUGCUAGAUGGAUUUUCGAAGAGAAGAGAUAAUCCACUAAACGAUCCUCUCAAUGAUCUUGAAUCUGGUUCUGACGAAGACGAAGAAGAUGAAGAGGAGGCCGAAGAAUGGGGUGGUAUCGAAGAGACAGGUGCUGACACUGGAAUUUUCUCACAACUUGAGUCUGAAGCCAACCGGCCUGUAAUCAAGAAAGUGCGGACUCAGAGCAAGAGGGAAAUUGAGUGGUUACAAGGUCUCGUGGACAAAUACGGUGAUGAUACAAAAGCUAUGGCAAGAGACCGCAAGUUAAAUCCUAUGCAACAGACCGAGGCCGAUAUUUCGAAGAGGAUACGGAAGUGGAAAGGCACUUCGGCUUAA